AUGUCUAUCCCAUUCACCCCCCUCUACAUCGAUGGCCAGUACCGUCCGGCCAGCACGGCGGCAACCUUCGACGUGCGCAAUCCGUACUCGAACGAAAUCGUUUCGCAAGCCUCGUCAGCUUCCAGCGAAGACUGCGCGAAUGCGGUGGAGGCCGCGGCACGAGCGUUUCCGGCAUGGGAGCAAACACCAGCCGCCGCAAGACGGGACUACUUGCUGAAGGUCGCCGAUCUCCUAGUGACCGACAAGUACAGGGAGAAGGUGAUGCUCGCUAUGCAGGAAGAGACCGCUGCCAAUGGCAUCAUGCAGGGCUUCAAUGUCUACGUCGCGACCAUCAUGAUCCAGGAAGUAGCCACCAUGAUCUGCGACCUCAAGGGCGAGACGUUCCCAUCCGGCACCCCUGGUGGUCAGGUCAUAGUUCAGCGCAGGGCGCAAGGUGUUAAUUUCGCCAUAGCCCCGUGGAAUGCGCCUCUGGUUCUAGCAAUACGCGCUGCGGCAUACCCCCUUAUCUGUGGCAACACCGUAGUCCUCAAGACUUCAGAAGUCAGUCCACGAACACAUCAGGUUGUUGCAGAGGCCUUUCACGAGGCGGGACUACCUGCCGGCGUCCUGAACUUCAUUCAUGCAUCACGAGAAGAUACGCCCGCACGAGUUGCCCAGAUUAUCGCACAUCCCGCGGUGCGCACAAUUAAUUUCACUGGGAGUGACCGCGUCGGGAAGAUCAUAGCAGGAGAAGCAGCCAAGUACCUCAAGCCUUGUGUCCUAGAAUUAGGUGGAAAGGCUCCGGCGGUGGUCCUCGAAGAUGCGGAUAUAGCUCAAGCCGCAAAAGCUAUUACCUCUUCAGCACUACUGCAUUCUGGGCAGAUCUGCAUGUCCACUGAGCGUGUCAUUGUCCAGCGAAAGGUUGCGGCGAGUCUGACCAAAGCUCUCGUCGAAGAGUUCAGCAAGCUCAAGGCGGGUGGCCCGGAAGAGCCGCUUCCGGCGCAAUUCACCGAAGGAUGUGCGGAUAACAUCGUGUCAAUGCUGCGCGAUGCUCGAGACAACGGAGCUAAAUUUUUGUUGGGUGACGGGACACGAAAGGCAGCAGUGGUGCAACCGCAUAUUGUCACUGAUGUGAAGCCGGGGACGAGAUUGUGGGAGCGAGAGUCAUUUGGGCCCGUCACAAUCAUCACGGAGGUCGAUACGGUUGACGAAGCUGUGGAAAUGGCGAAUGCUUCCGAGUACACUCUAGUCGCCAGUUUGUGGACCAAGGAUGUCCAUAAAGCUAUGGACGUUGGUAUGCGAAUUCGAGCCGGAAACGUCAGUAUCAAUGGACCUACGCUUCACGUUGAAGUGUCAAAGGACCACGGUGGGCUGGGUGGAGCCUCGGGAUACGGGAGAUUCAACGUUGAGAGCUUCACCGAUACUAGAUCAGUUGUGUUCCAUCCUGCCAACCCGCCUCCAUAUCCGCUGGUGUAA